UUCUGCUUCUUGCGAAGUUGCGAAUUAUUUUAUUUUCGUGUUAUUUUCUGAGUUGCACAUUGGUUGUAUAUUUUUUCGAUUUUUAUACUAGUUUCAAGUUUCAACUCACAAAAUCAAAAUUCCAAAUUGGGAGUACAACAAUAUUUGAUUAGUGCUUUGAAUACUUAGAGAACAUUCACAACUUCUUGUGUACCUACUAUAAAAAGUUGUUGACGAAUGACGCUACGAACUCAUGUUUAAUUUACCAUCUAUCCAUCUUUAAGAUCAUUUAUAUUUGAAACGAUAACCUUUAACAUUUUAUUCAUAAAUUUCCUCGACAAAUUAAGUGAAUAUGUGAUGACCUGUGCCAAGUGAAGAUUUAUUUACAUUAUGUCGUGACGGAACUGUAAGAAUAAUGUUAACGGUAUUAUUAGUGGUACUUCUAUGUGCUAUAUCGAACGCGGACGUCGAGACGCAGUGCAGUAACAGUACCGAGACGAGGCUUAGCUUCUUGCCAGCUAACGAUGAAGUGGAUGGAAGGUACCGGGUGGAGUGGUGUACGACGCCUAAAUCGAAGGACAAGGUGACGAGCUGGGAGCUCACGUUACGAUGCAAAGAAAACACCACCGCAGACAAAUGCCACGGUGAUGCCUUUCUGUAUGUCAGACAGGGCCACUCGUUUUUCAACAAAGAUGUGAAUAUUACACAUUUAAAUUGUAGCAAUGUAUGUUUCGCUACUAACCUUGAUCUGAUAUUCAAUGGGACUUGUUAUUUAGUUAAGACAUUUCUACACUAUGGGAAAAUCAGCGGCAGUCCAGAAGACCAUUUAUUUUAUAUUACAAAUGAAUUUCCCAAGGAACGUUUCACUAACAGUGAAACAAGGAUCUCCAUACAGAGCUUUAGCAAUGAGCAUCUCACAGUCAAGUGGUACUUGAGCUACAUUCCAGCGACGGACUACACAAUGAGCUUAUGUGCGCUACUCAACACUACUAAUGAUGAACACUGCUGGGACGUGUCGCGCAACUGCAGUGCGGGCGGGCGGCGGCAGAGCGAGGUGCGCUGCUCGCUGCGCGCCGCGUACGGGCGCUACAACAUGCGCCUGCAGCACUGCGCGCCCUGGGACACCUCGCCGCUCUUCCGCCGCGUCACCAACGCGAACCGCGUCUUCAAUCAUGUGGUGGAGCAGUCGCUGCGCGUAGAGGGCGGUAGUAGUGCGCUGUGGUGGGCGGGCGCCGCGCUGCUGCUGGCGCUGCUGCUCGCCGCGCUGCUGGCCGCCGCCGCGCGCUGCCGCCGCAAGCCGCCCGUGCAAUGGCCGCCACAAGAGGGCAAAGUGCAGGAGGGCGCUGCGGCCGGCGCGCGAGACAAGAUCCUGCUGCUGUACGCGCGGGACUGCGCGCCGCUCAUGUGCCUCGCCGCGCGCCUGCGGACGCUGCUGGCGCGGGCUACGGACGGACAGGUGUACGACCUCUACGCGAUGAGCACGUGGCGGAUGGCGGCCAGCGCGCCGGGCGAGUGGGUGCGGCGUGCGUUGGCGCGGGACGACGUGCGCGUGGUGCUGCUGCAGGCGCCCGCCGCCGCGCAGCUGUGCGCCGCCACGCAGCGGGACCACCUCGCGAGUGAGUGCGUUAGCGCGGGACGACGUGCGCGUGGUGCUGCUGCAGGCGCCCGCCGCCGCGCAGCUGUGCGCCGCCACGCAGCGGGACCACCUCGCGAGUGAGUGCGUUAGCGCGGGACGACGUGCGCGUGGUGCUGCUGCAGGCGCCCGCCGCCGCGCAGCUGUGCGCCGCCACGCAGCGGGACCACCUCGCGAUGGAGCAGCCGCUGCUGGGCCGGGCGGUGGCGCGGCGCGCGCCGGCGGCGGCGGACGCGCUGGCGGCGCUGGCGCUGCGCCUGCUGCACGAGACCGCGCACACCCGCCCCAACCACGCCUACCGCAA